AUGGCUCCCAGUGCAGCCGGAGCUCAGCUGCAGCGCGUCCCCCGUCUCUUUCUCUUCGGGGUGGGGAGCACGCCGCGGCGGCGAGGCCCCGGGGCCGAGACGCGGCGCGGACGUCCUCGUGGUCCAGCCGCUGGAAGGUGUGGUCCUCCAGGGAAGCGACGGCGACCAUGGCCAGAGUGGGAGGAGGUUUUGGGAUAUUUGGGGGUGGGGGUGGACGAGGAGAGGGAGGAGGCGUUCAGGGAGGCCGAUAAAGAGCAGUACCAGCCUCUAGUGGACGUCAACUGGUGGAGUGAAAAUGUCCUCAUCUUGGCUCGCUGCUCUGGCUCCGUCACUGUGUCGUCUGUCAGGACCCUCAGGAACCUUCUGGGCAAAUCCUGCGAAUGGUUCGAACCCUCACCCCGAGUCACGGCCGCAUACGAUGGCGGGUUUCUCAGCCUGGAGUGCGAAGUGAAACUAGCCCAGAAGCGCGGGCGUCUGGAGAGCAAUCUCAGUGGUGAAGACGAGGACGUCGGCGAAGACGCCGGCGGCGACUAUGACUCGGACGACGAGUCCUCCGCCAAGGCCCGCUAUUUUGGCUACAUUAAACAGGGCCUGUACUAUGUGACAGAGAUGGAGCGCUUCGCGCCACCUCGCAAACGCCCACGCACUGUUGUCAAGAACUACCGUCUGGUUAGCCUGAGGUCAACGACGCCAGAGGAACUCUACCAGAGGAAGAUUGACAAUGAAGAGUACGGUGAAGCCUUGUCUCUUGCCCAAGCGUACAAUCUGGACUCAGAUCUGGUCUACCAGAGACAAUGGAGGAAGAGUACUGUCAGCAUCGCCUCCAUACAAGACUACCUGAGCAAGAUCCGCAAGCGCUCGUGGGUGCUGCACGAGUGCGUGGAGCGCGUCCCGGAGAACGUGGACGCGGCCAAAGAGCUUCUGCAGUAUGGCCUGAAGGGGACUGACCUGGAGGCCCUCAUCGCCAUAGGAAACCGGGAAGACGGGGGCAGGUUUAUCAUGCCCGGUGAUGUUGACCUGGAUGACCUUCCCUAUGAGGACCUGUCAGACGAGGAUGAAGUGGAUAUGAAGAAGGAGAAAGAGAACAAGAGGAGACGAGAACUUUUGGCCAAGGUUGACUUUGGCAGGCUGACACUGGAGCAGAAGGAGCUGUGUCGGAGCCGACUGAAGCUGCUCUCCUAUCUAGACCGCCUGGCAACGUAUGAGGAGAUACUUGGAGGUCCUCAUGCAGCCGAGCAGAAAUACGACGCAGAGUUUUUCAAGAAGUUCCGUAGUCAAAAUAUUGUGUUGUCAGCUAGAAACUACGCCAGGGAGAGCAACAUGCAGGCUCUUGACAUCCUUUUUACAUAUCAUGGGGCAGAGCUUCUCCAGCAUCGUUUAGCCAUCCUUUACAACUUUCCAGAAACCACUUCUCCACACGAAUACAUGGUCCUGCUGCCUGAAGCCUGCCUGAACGAGCGAGACGAUUUGUUUCUGAUCCCCUGGGACGAGCAGAGACACAGAGAAAUGGACUGGUGUGAGGCAGAGGAGUGCAGGGCUGUGUUGGACCAGAACCUGUUUGAUGAUGACACAUUCCUCUACGAGGACUCUCCUGACCUGCUGAGGUUCCGCACGGCGAGUCCUUCCAUUCAUCUUCUUACCGACUGGUACUGCAGCCGAGUGCAGGAUAUCGACUCUUGCUCCAGACAGGUGGACUGCGCCCUGUCACUGGUGCGCCUCGGGAAAGAGCGUGCGAUCCCCGGCCUGGAGCUACUGUGCGAUGACCUGAUCACCCUGGAAACGGUGAUCUACGAGACUCUCUGUGAACUCAACCUGACGCUGUUUGAUUUGCAGCAGCUAGGCAACAUCGACAAGCUCCGCCUCCUAAUGAAAAAUUCCAGCAGGGAGCGCUAUGUGAAAGAUGCCUUCCAGUGGAUGGUGCCCUUCCUGCACCGCUGUGAGCGACAGGAGGCGGGCGCUGCCAAACGUCUGCUCAGAGACUACCUGGUCGGCCUGGCCCAGCACGACCUCUCCUUUCCUCUCAUUAUAUUCCAGCACUCCAAGCCUGAUUGUCUACAGAAGUUGAUCGGGGACCCUGACCAGUUGAUGGCGUUGUCCCUGGAGAGCAUCUACAGCAGCGAGAGAGACGACCAGCUCAGCCUCUGCUAUGACAUCCUAGAGUGUCUCCCACAAAGAGGCUUUGGGCCUGAGACUGACGUCACCGCUUCCUUGCAUGAUCAGGUGGACAAACUUGAGAAACACCUCAGUGUGGCGGAGGUGCUGGAGAAACAUGGCCUACAGAAGCCCAUCUCCUACGUGAGGAACAGUCAGAACAGCGAAGAGGAAGCCCACGAGCUCAUGGUCAAACUGUGUCGGCACACGGGACGCAAGAACCCUCCAGUGGGCGAGACUGUGUGGAGAGGUCUGCUGCAGGAUCUGCUGGACAUGCAGCAGAACGUCUAUGUCUGUUUAAAAGCUGAGACCUGCCACCAGAUCUUUGUUCAGUCCCUGCUGUGCUCGAGCCGGCUGGAGAAUGUGCGCCUGGCCGGACAGUUGAUGCACUGCUCCAAGGUCAGCCAAGACGUGCCCAUCAGCCUGUCCUUCCGCGGUAAAGGCUUUGCCAUGAAAGUGGCCUACGACAGUAGUGUGGAGCUGGUGCUGGCUGCCGCGAGAGAGUACUUCAACUCCUCCACCACGCUGACAGACUCUUGCAUGGGCCUGGCCAGGGCGUGUCUCCAGCUAAUCACCGACUGUCCUCCGGCCGUCCAAGAUGAGCUGGACCUCAUCAGCGCCAUCAGCAAGCUGGAGGACUUCAGUGUUAACGUCCUGCCUCUGCAAGUGCGUCUGCGCUCAGACCGUCUGUCUCUCAUCGAGGAGUGCAUCGCCCACUGCUCCACCGCCUACAAGCAGUCCAACACUCUACUGAGUCUGGCUUCUCUGCUGCGAGUGGCAGGAGAUGAUGAGGCCGCACGCAAAGGGCAAGUGUUGACCCUGCUAGCGGAGCAAGCUCUCCAGUAUCUGGACUUCAAGGCUGCUUACAUUCACUGUCAGGACCUCAUGGCUGCAGAUUACAGUCCAGCCUGGGAUGUGUGCAGUCUGCUGGGUCAAUGCGAGGGCUUUACUGGCCUAGAAGCAAGGCAGCAGCUGAUGGCCUAUUCUCUUACCCAUUGUCCUCCUGACAACAUCCCCGCUCUCCUGGCAGCCUCCAGUGACCUGCAGACUCAGGUGCUGUACCAGGCGGUUAACUACCAAAUGGAGCCUGAUGUCUCACAGUGUGAAAAUGAAGCAGACGACACCGAGCCAUUAAAGGUCCCGCCUCCCUCCGGGGACACCCCCGUAGCGGCAGCUGGGGCCUUGCUACACAGGACGACGGCUAAAACCAUGGAGGUUCUGACCACGACGGGGCUGACCACCAAAGCUGUGUUGACCGCUGUCGGUGACCACCGCUGGUGGAAGCAGUCACUCACCUACCUCUGCCCUCUGCAGGGGACCAGUGAUGGAACCGCCGGUGAGGAAUGUAUACGUGAGAACGCCAACCUGGAACGUCAAGGAUGUUGCGCCUUCUAUAAAGAGCUCUUUGAGCGUCCCUUUGUAGACCCGAGUCAAGACGUGUAUUCGUCCUACGAGGAUGUUCCGCCAGAAAACUUUGCAGAGGUUUUGCUGAGGACUGGCAAACUGGCCGAGGCCAAAACUGAAGGAAGAACCCUGUUUCCUGCUACAGAAGUUUUGCUGCAGCUGGCUAACGACGCCUUUCCCCGGGACAUGACGCUGGCGCUGUCCUAUUUACUGGCCCUGCCUCAGGUCCUGGACGCCAACAUGUGCUUUGACAAGCAGUGCCACUCUGCCCUUUCCCUCCAGCUGGCGGCAUACUACUACUCCCUGCAGAUCUACAGCCGCCUCAUGCCCUGCUUGAAGGACAAGCACCACAGUCUCUACCAGGUCAGUGAAUGCAUCACUUUCUCCUCUCAUGUUGUUUGUGUGUGGGCUGUUGAUGAUGUGAGGCAGAGAGUGAGUUUGCGUGAAUAGGCCUUGAUUAAAAACGAGACAGCGUGUUAUUUAUUUUCCCCCCUCUAAGGACUGCAUUUUGCUCAAGAAGAAUAGCGGAUAGCAGAAAGCAGUGUGGUUUUGUUGGAAUAUAAAUUAGCGCGUCAUCUGCAUUGCAUUUUGUAGCCGUGUGGUGGAAAUGGGUCGCUUGUGGAGCGAGGAGCCUUGAUGCAGACUUCAAAUGCCACCAUUGAGUCCCAUUUAGCAAUCUUAAUGCUCUUUCAGUGUUACUGAGUAACUAACAUAUAUUUUUCAUGUCCUCGUGCUGGACUUACCAUGAAACAAGGCCAUAGGCCAG